UUUCACUCCGGCGGCGCGCAUCCUCAGAGCCAGUCGAUCCCGCGAAGCGAUUCGCGCCACUCGCGUCGGCCAUUUUGAAUCCCGGACGCCAUUCUGUGACCGGCUUACAGCCAUUUCCGUUUAUCUUCUCUCUGGUUUGGUUAUCUUCCUUUCUGUGCAGCCAAUUACUUUGUGAUUGUGGAGAAUUAAUCAUUAAAAGUGACUACCAAAAUUAAACCGAAUAUUCAAUUUGUGAAACUAUUACUUAUUCAUCAGUGUUUGGCAAUCAAUCAAAAUGAUAGACGAUAAUUGAACUAGCGACUAAGUGCCCUAAUUUAUCAAAAUUAUUCAGUGUGCAAGUGAAAGUGCUAAGAAAAUGGAAAAGUUUAAUUGAGAGACUGAGCUAAAGCUCCACAACCCUCACCUUCACCCAUCAAUGCUAAACUACAGACUCGUGUCAACACACUUCUUGAAGCAGCCGUAAAUCCGUUACGAGACAUUAGAAUAAGGACUCAAGUAGGCUAAAUUAUGUGCCGCGACCGAGAUAUGAUCCUCCUUCGCAGUGGAAUAGUGAAAUAAGAAUUCUGAACGCAUCAGACUCUAUCCAGUCUAUGGUUUUAAAGUGUCAAGAAUCGCGCCAAAACGGCGACCGAUUCCGCCUUACCGCUUCGUUUUAGUUCAUUCAAUUUGUUUUAUAUAAAGGGAUAAGCAAUAUUGUGGGUUCACUUAUGGAUUUAUUUAUUGGACGAGCAGGGUCAGCGGGCCACUGAGGUCUCUCUCGACCCUGGCAAGCCGUCGGCGUAACAUUUCUAGGAUAUUCGACUCCAUUGUUGGCGCAGCAAGAUAUUGCAUCAACGGCCACAUUACAGACCGGUACAGAACCAACGUCUGUCCAAUUGGGGGUCUUUUAGAAGCAAUCAUGGUACAAUUGGAAAUUGAGAAGGGUUACGGCCGCGAGGCAGACCCGUCAGACCGCCGCGUGUCGACCGGCAGCCGGCGCGACAACAUGGCCGCGCCGGAGGGGGAACGCGAGGUGCGCAAGCGCAGGGAGAGACGGGACUCGGGGUGCGCGCAUGAGAGGAAGGAACGACGCCCGCACAGCGAGGAGCGCGCGCCGCCGCCGCCGCCGCCACUGCACGACCAUAACAGACUUGAGUCGGAGCGCCGCGCCGAGCGCUUAUCCCGCGCGCGCCGCCCACAAUUCGGGGGGAAACGACGUCGCCAACCACGCACUCGCAACGACAUCUACCGGAGCAAAGAGAACGAAUGCCUCCUGCCCACUGACGCCAUCUACACGGACUACACCGAAGAGUUCCGCACCAAGGAGGAUGAAAACUACGCGGAGUUUCGUACCAAAGAGGAUGAUUACAGCGAGUUUCGUAGCAAGGAGGAUGAGUGUUUGCUGCGCGUUGAAGAUCGGAAUGUUAGUCCGGAGAGAGAUGAGCAGGAUGCGAUUGAGUGCUUGCAGGAGCCGGAUUAUGAUCGGUUCAGUUUAUACUCUGCGUCUCCAUCAGGCCUGGACCUGGGAGCCUUACACCGGCAGCUCGACCGCGAGGAGCCAGCACGGUCCCACGCGGCCGAGCGCCCCCGCCCCGCGCCCGCCCCCGCCCCUGCGCCCCGCGCCCGCGACCACCACGAGCGACAGGGAGACAGGAUUAGUAAGAAGAUAACCGUCCUAAAGAAGACCAUAGCAAAAUACGAGGCAGACUUCCAGCGGCAGCACGGCUACGCUAUCACCCCGAGCGAGCGUAUCACCGACGUGGCGCUCACCACCAUGCAAGAGUCUCUGCGGAAGCUGCAAGCGGAGAAGCGGCUGAUCAAAGCGGACCCCGUGGAGUACGCUCAGAGAGUACAAGCGGCUAAGCUGCAGAAGGAGAGGGAUGAUAAGCUGGAUCUAGCGCUUAAGAGCGAGAAGUCUAUGUCGGAUGUUGUCAGGGAUAUUGAAGAGUGGCUGGAAGGGUGCCGGCAGGCGGGCAGCCGGUGUCUCGAGCAGGAGGCGACGUGGACGGCAUCACAACUGUCAGCUGAGAAGUCCUGCGUGCAACGAGCCCUCCUCCGCUUGGAGGCGGCGCGCGGGCGGCCCCCCGUGCACUCGGCGGAGCGCGGCGCGGCGCGGCAUCUGUACGAGCGGUACCGCGAGGUGAAGCGAGCGUUGGCUAGUGCUAAGCCUGAUGCGUUGAUAGGCGGCAACGGCGAGCUCGCGACCAUCCACGAGCACGAGGCCAUGCUGUUCAACUGCAGCGUCGACAGCGCGAGUGACUCGCAGGAGAAACGCUCCGACGACUCACAGGAAACAGCCGACACGCCGCUCCAGUCGCCCCCCACCCGCGCCGACACAGAAGAAGUUCCCUCCACCGCCUCCUCCUGCAAGUCAGCUACCAGCGAGGAAGCGCCGUCCAAUGAAGGUCUACAUUGUCUCAGUCUGGAGGAGCUGACCCGGGCGCUGAGUGAGGCGAAGCUGCUGAAAUGCGUACUCCGUCGCUCCAUCAAGGAAUACGAAGCGAGUUUCGAGCAACAGAACUGCAGGAAGCUCCAGCGGGAUGACAAGAAGGGCAAAGAAGAGGAAUACCUUCGCUACAAAGCCUUGAAGGCGAGAAUCAAACUGCUCAACGCGCUGAUCAACAAACACAGGUCCGCCUCGAAUUGAAAUACGAAUGUAAAAUCUGAGGACUAAUUACGGGAAAGAUAAGAAAAGUGUUACUUAUGGAAAUUUUAUGGCAGUAGGUACGGAAAAGAUUUGAGAAUACCUACCACUGGUAAAGAUUCAAAUGAGAAUAGGUAUUUAGUAUCCACACCUGAAAAUGAUAUAAUGAAACGUUUUAAGUACCUACCACACUUUAUGUGACUACCAUUAAAGUUAGGUAUUCCAUCUGCUAGGUACUUAUGCAAAAUAUGAGCAAGUAUAAUGGAGUGGACUUCGAAUUUUCAGAUUUUGUUUCAGAAAAUAAAGGCUUACAGGAAAAGUUAUGGUAAUGUCUGAUGAGAUUGUAUGAGAAUGUAAAAGUCAAAACAAUGUUAGAUAUUGUUAAAUUUAGUGACCUGAAUAUAUUGUAGCGCUAAGCUUAAUUUAUUACCUAACUUUUAAUGUUUUUUUGUACUACCUUUACAUGCCUACUUGCAUAUUUAUGUAGGUAUUUAUAUAAUACCAACGUAAAUAAAAAUGGGCUCUACAAAAAUUUAUACAGCGCAUACUGUUAACUUCCUUAGAUAAAUGUAGUGUACCAAUAAAUAAUUAUUAUUUAGUGCCAAGUAACUUCACACAUAUUAACGUACUUAUUCAAAAUACAGGGUGUCGUCAGGAAAGGAAGCCGGACGGUCUCUCAGACCUGUUGUUCUAAUAUUUAUCAAAAAUUGAAAAUUUCGGCUUUCAAUAGUACUUAUUAGCCGGUGUUUUUGUAACACCUUGUAUUUCUAACAAAACAACAUUACACACUGAACAUACAAAAUAUAAGUACACUUACAUACUUAAUUUAAUGAACUAUUUUAUAAGUUGUUUUUAAAAUGGUAUUCGCCCAUGAUAUGAUGUUAUAAUUAUAAGACAGUGCUCUUAUCUUAAACCUGUAAUAAAAUGUGUAGUAAUCGUUAACAAUACUACCUAGCUAGGUAUGUAUUACCUACAUAAUAUAAUUGAUGACUUCGUUGUAUAAUUUUCACCGCUAUUACUAUCUUUUCUACAUAUUUUUAGCGACUUUGUUUGAAGAUGACUCGCUAAGAAGAUUUUUCUAGUAACAAAUAGUUAAAUAAGUACGAAGAAGUAUCGAAUAGUAAAAAUAAUUAUGGGUAUAACUUUAAGAUUAAUUAUACCUUGCGAAUAAAAUAUGAAGAAUAAUGAUGAUAAAUCAUCACCACUUAAUAAAGGAAUUUCGAGUACAAUUCGAGUACCUAUCUAAUCUCAUAAAGAAAAUACUAUAAAAAUGAGCAGUUAAAUUGUCUAUUUAUAUAGGUACUGAAAAAAUAUUACUAUUUACUUGUUGAAUAUGUAAGUAAGUGAAAUGUGCAUGUUUAAGUAUCCAAGAUAAAUAAUCAAGUACUUUGAACAAGUCAAAACAAUUCGGCAAGUUUCUAGACUAUCUAGAUACUGACUGAAAUUAGUUCAAUAGGGAAAUUGUAUUUUCCUGGAAAAUCUGUUUGAGAUUGGUCAAUGGUCAUAAUCUUUGGGAAGGAACUUUGUAAAUAAUUUUCAGAUUCUGCUCUGAGAGAAUAUUGGGAGAGUUACUUAAAUAAACGACGAUGACAUUUUUAUGAUAUGUGAGACCGAGAUGCAAAAAACAUUCGCCCUUUAGUAUACAUAGACGUUCAUUAGAUCAGUCGCCAGGUUCUAGAUAUUGAAUGCUAAUAUAGUUACAUGCACUAAGUUAUGUACUUAAUCUCAUAAAAUACCAACACAUAACAGUAUACAUAACUGCACUGAAGGAUACUAUUAAAUACCUAGAUAGGUUUCCGUUUUGGAACUCCUAGCUUGUUACUGAAUUAUGGGGGUUUAUGUAGUACCUACCUAUAUUUGAACUAAAUCCGUAAGCUUCCGUUAAGGUAAAUAUGUAGUAAUAUGUACCUUACUUGUUACUGAACUUAAUAUUUUAACUAUAGGUGUUCAAAACUGGUGUUGAUACAAGCAGUGUUUUUUGUAUCUCAAAAUAACUAUUCGGAUGGGAGUGGACAUUUUUGUAAUGGAGUGGAUAUUUUUGAAAUGUAUCGUGCGAUGUUUUAGUUUUGAAAACUAUUAUUAUUACUUGUGCAAUAUUAAUUUAUAAAUAUUUAUUACGGCGUUAAAUCGUUGCUUUUAAAUGGAGUCUAGUGAAUAUAAUUUUUCGAUGUUUGAGUCUCUUUAAGGGAAAUUCGUAGUUUAACAUUUAAGAUAAUAAAUAUACUGUGAUUAAUAUAAUUAACAAUCUUGUGUAACAAGGUUAUUUGUGAUUUUUUUUCAGUUGUCGUCUUGCCAAGUAAUUUUAUCAAUUAUUUAACGUGUCGAAAGCAAUUAAUUAUUUUAUUUGAAUUUAAAUACCUAUCGCAGUUCAUUCAACUUGAUAUGAUGUAAGUAAUUUAAGUUUUAAGUACCUAUGAGUUAAGUAUACUUAUUUAAUAUUUUUCAGUAAAUUAAAUAAUUAUGUACCUAUCUACUUACCAAAAUAUAUUACUUAUAUAAUAUUAUUGACAUAUAUAAACUUCCUUAACUUUUAACAACGUACAUCACUGGCUAUAGGAAUGCAUUAACUACGCCAACGUUAUUAGGAUAAGUGUCUCGACAGAUGGUUUUUGAUACAUCAACUGUGUACUUACCUAAGUGUUAUUGAAUAUAUCUACUUACCUAAAUUAAGUACUAUUGAUUGAUAUUUCAGACUAAGGUAUGUAACAGUAAAGUAAGUAACAAUCAACAUACUUAAUUUCCUUAUUUUAUACGUAUGUAUCUAUGUAUAUAAAUAUAUAUUACUGGCAUUAAAUACCGUAAUUAGAUCAAAAUUAGAAAAGCUUACAGUUUUGUUGUAAAAUUGAACCAUUGCUGACAAAAAUAUGUCAAAUUGCCAUAUCAAAAUUGUAUAUUUGAUGUACCUAAGCUAUUUUGUACCGACCAUACUUACAUAUAAAUUUCAUUGAUAGUGAACAUUGGACAAUUGAACAUACAAAUAAUUAUAAAUAAUAUAUACCUAAUGCUUCUUAAAUUUA